AUGACCUGGUGUUUCCCCUGCGUGACCUUCGGCAAGACCUACCACCGCCUGCACAAGAGCGGCAUCUUGACCGAUACGAUACUACGAAUCGAUCGAUAUCUCCCGCUUGCUCCUUUGCGGCUCCUCCUGCGCCGGUCUCCACUGAAUCCUCACCUCGAUGCAGCGAGCGAAUAUGCGCGAGAAGUACAACUUUUAGGGUACCUGUCUCGUUAUAUCGCUUUGUCGUUCCGCUAUGGAUGCUGCUCUCACGUACAGCAGGAAAGGGAGGCGGCGCACCGCGAGCCCAUGCCGAGCGCUGGCGGCGACGCACAGAAGUGUAACUAA